AGUCAGAUACAGAGUUUUGGGAUAAGAUGCAAGCAGAAUGGGAAGAAAUGGCCCGGAGGAACUGGAUAUCGGAGAACCAAGAAGCUCAGAACCAAGUUACAAUCUCUGCUAGCGAGAAGGGAUAUUACUUUCACACUGAAAAUCCCUUCAAGGAUUGGCCUGGAGCAUUUGAAGAAGGCUUAAAAAGACUGAAGGAAGGGGACCUGCCUGUCACCAUCCUGUUCAUGGAAGCAGCGAUUCUUCAGGACCCUGGAGAUGCAGAGGCAUGGCAGUUCCUCGGGAUAACCCAGGCAGAGAAUGAAAACGAACAAGCAGCUAUUGUCGCCCUCCAGAGGUGCUUAGAAUUACAGCCCAACAACUUGAAAGCUUUGAUGGCUCUGGCCGUGAGUUACACUAAUACCGGCCAUCAGCAGGAUGCCUGUGAAGCUCUAAAGAAUUGGAUUAAGCAAAAUCCAAAGUACAAGUACCUUGUGAAGAGCAAGAAGGGAUCUCCAGGCCUUACCCGGAGGAUGUCCAAGUCUCCAGUUGAUAGCUCCGUUUUGGAAGGAGUUAAGGAAUUAUAUCUGGAAGCCGCCCACCAAAAUGGAGAUAUGAUUGACCCAGACCUACAGACAGGUCUGGGGGUACUGUUCCACCUGAGCGGAGAAUUUAAUAGAGCAAUAGAUGCAUUUAACGCUGCCUUAACUGUUCGGCCGGAGGACUAUUCGUUAUGGAACCGGCUCGGGGCAACAUUGGCGAACGGAGACCGCAGUGAGGAAGCCGUGGAGGCCUACACCCGCGCCCUGGAGAUUCAGCCAGGCUUCAUCCGAUCCAGAUACAACCUGGGAAUCAGCUGCAUCAAUCUGGGUGCCUACAGAGAAGCGGUCAGCAAUUUUCUCACUGCCCUCAGUUUGCAAAGAAAGAGCAGGAAUCAACAGCAAGUCCCUCAUCCUGCGAUCUCCGGGAACAUCUGGGCCGCCCUCAGAAUCGCACUCUCUCUGAUGGACCAACCGGAACUCUUCCAGGCGGCUAAUCUCGGUGACCUGGAUGUCCUCCUACGAGCUUUCAACUUGGAUCCUUGAAGGAAAAGAAAACAAUUAAAAAUAAUAAAUCCUUGUCUGUGUAAUUAUACUGAGAAACGCAAAACUAUUUUAUUAUGAAUUCCAAAAAGAAAAGGACAAACCAGAUGUCCAAAAGGCCAUGGUGAGAUAACACAGGGAAUUCCUACAGACAAUGCCCAGGCUCUGUUCAGAUUCAAAAGCACAAAAUGUUGUAUAUAGAGUCAAGGUUGGGCUCGAAAGAAGAACUGAGAGACACAAGGACAAACCAAGAUGAAAUAACUGUGUGUGAAUACUCUUCACGAGCUGCACGCAUACUCAAAACAUGUCCUUUGGGGGUUUUUGUCCCCACUGGCAGCUGAUACGCAUAUAAGGACCUUGCUCGUGGGACACAUGGAGAAAGAAAGCACUGCCUCUGAUCAGGGAAUUCUGACUGUUUCUGAACUAUCCCCUGCAACUCCCCCCUUUUACAACAUAGUUUGGGCCAAGGUGCAUGCACGUAUAUUAACUCUUGUCUAAAGAGAGUCAUUGCUUAAACCUGUUCCAAUUUUAACUUUUACCGUAGCCCUUCAAUUCCAGAGAGGGAAAGCAGGAGGGAGCUUUGCUGGCAAAAGCAGUUUUUGCACUAGAAAUUUUUGCUGUUCCCAAUCAAAACUUUUCUGGGACUGUAUAUAUGCACUUUAAUAUCUUAUUUAUGCCUUGCUGGAGUUUUGUUUUGUUGCUCCAAUUUUUAACUUAGGGGUAAAAGACUUGAGAACUCGGCCUUGCUAGAUCCAUGGACCAAAUAAAAAUUCCUGAAAGUAGUUUUUCAUAGUGUAGAGUUUUGAAGGAGUUUUUCUCAAAGCAGGUAUGACAUAGGGUGUAAAUAUGUCAAACACAGAUCUUACAUGCUUUCUGGGACUGUAUGAACUUAAGCAAGAGGAAACGUACCAUCCUGUCAUGCAUUCUCUGCAGGGAGGAAUUUUGAUGAUAAUGUGAUUUCUAUAGAGUUAACAUUAACUUGCUUAAAUGCCAUAUUUUACUUGCUUUCUAACUGCCCUGCACACCAAUAUAUUCCUUUUAAACCAUUAAUAUUUUAAAUAGUAUUUCAUAAGAGUGAUACAUUUUUUCCCUAAAAAUUAAGUGUUUUCUUAGUUCCAUAAUAAUCUGCACUGUUCACCCUUUUGCAUUCUAAGUGACAGAAGAUCAAUAUUUUCUCUCACUGAAUGUCGGAGGUUUAAUAUGAAAGAUGCAUGCCCCUUUGGCUCUCAUUUUGAAUAUUUAUCAAGUAUCAGGAAUUUUCUCUUGGUGGUAGUGUUUUUAUUUAAUUGAUUACAUUCUGCUCAUUUCUUCACGGUGUGUUGUGCCUGUUGGGGCUUGGUGAUUAUUUGGAAUGACAUCAUUUUUUAAAGAAUUAGAAAAAUUGUUUGCAAAAUGCUAACCAAAACAUAGUAUCACCAGUGUCCAAUUCUAACAAUUGGUCCUAGUAAGUGGUCCCAUUCUUCUUUGUCUUUUCUCCUUCCUUCCUCCAGAAACUUGCCCAAAGCAAUCUGAUCCCAAAUUUUUCUUCGGUCUUUGGUUAGUAGUAGCUGAUUACUCUCAUGAUGAUAGUUACCAAGCAAACAGCAUUUGAGUCAAGACGGUUUAAUUGACUGGGGAGUUAGCUUCGCCUGGGGGGGAAAUGUGCAGGUAGAAAUCCUCUCCUCUGUUACCUUGGAAGUCCCUCGGGUAGGAAGGGGCCUCGAGGAAACACAAAACCACAGGUCCUUGAAGUUUAGUACGUUAUAACAACAGAGAGUUUUUAUAAAGCUUACAAGGACAAAGAAUUUAUAAAGUUUAUAAGGACAAAGAGUUGAGGGUCCAAUGGUGUGCCAAGCUUUCGUCUUCAUUGUCGACGCUCACUUGGCAAAGUGAUGCCCCCGGCUGGACAGCAGGAGGCAGAGACACAUUAAGGCAUCCACCACUGGGCAAUAGUGACAACCCAGCCUUUGCCUACUUCCCUCCAGUCUCAGAAGCAAAGUUCAACCAUAUUUUCAAGAAUAUUCUUUAGAAUUUUAGAAUCCUAGAAUUCAGUCUAGGAAGGACUCUGGGGGCCAGCCUCCAAGUUCAUGGCAGCUGCCUGCUUAGAUAUCCCCGAUAGAAGAGCAUCCAUUCUUUGCAUGUUCGUCCUCCCAAGUUCUGUGCAUUCACUGGCUGGCAAGCUGAUUGGCAUCCAUCAUAGUCCAUUAGGAGCCUCCGAACACAGGAUUCAAAGCAAACUUUACAGGUUUCUGUUUAUGAUGCUGUUCUAUACUUUCAACAGUAACUGAAUUUGCAGUAGUAACAACAGGCUGUUUUCUUAGCUUUCUUUUCUUAGGAUACUUUGAUUUAAUUUGAUUAUUGAUAAGAUGGUGGAAAAUUUAGCAGACCAAGUUUUAUUUUGCUGUCAGAAUACAAAGUGACUUCAGGGGAGAGUAGACAAUUUUCCAUUCCCAUCAUAAUUUGAUAAUUUGCAGAACAUUCAGUAGGACUUUCUUCAGUAUAUCUAGUGUCCAUCAGAACCAAGAUUUUCAUAGUCGGUUGCCUGUCAGGAAGUGCAGAGCUAUUGCCCAUUUUUCAACAUCAACAAUAUUUUUAAAUAAAAUUAAGUAAAAACAGUUACUAAAAAACAAGUGAAAGUUUAUAGAAAUCAGAGCACCCCAAAAAUUAGUAAGAUUAUAGAACAGUCUUUAUUGUAUACAUUUUUAAAGUAUACACACAUUCUUUUAAGGCAGAACUGUUUUGGGUAUUUUACCCUGGUGGUGUGAAAUUGACAUUUAAAUUACUUUUUUCCAUUUCAAAGGGCAAGGUGUCCUGGAUUCCUUUCUGAGGCACCUUGGGAAGGCUUUGAGUUUCUUUUUUCUUGUAUUACUAAGUAAGCAAGCCUAAGAUGUCUUAGAGGAUGCUACUCUUUUACUAGAAUGGCCAUUCAGUUGCUUAGAUGUAUCUUUCAAGAACUGAUUUCCCUAGUAGAUUGGAUGAAAAUUCAGAGAAAGCCAGUGCUCACUGCUGGAUUUCAAAAUAUGUUAGAGCUAUGUCUAGUGGGCUAUUUCCAUGUGCUGCUGUACCUUAACAGUGGGGAGGACGUAGAGGGAUAAGGAAGAGAAGAAGGAGUAAAGCAUCCCCGUACUGGGUCAAUCACACUGAGUCAUCAUUCCCUUUGCUUUCUCUGAAGAUCAUUUCCCAUGACUCCUGGAAAGAAAGGCAGAUCUUGUCCACCAGGAAACUUUAACCAAAAACUAGGAGCUCUGCUUUCUCAGCCAAUCUGCAUUUCAACUAGAAUGGCCAAUUAGUGAUACUUAACCAGGUUGGAAUGUCCAGGACACACUCACUUUCAGAGUUUUAUGCCACUCUUCUUUACUGUAAAGAGAACUAUUCUGUUGAAUCUUGGAUCCAUGUCUAGAUACUCAAACUAGAUAAAUCUUUCUAACAUAUUCUUGGUAUACAAGCAAGACUUGAACCCAACUAUAGCUAGUCCCACAUAUAACAGGAGCUCCUAAACUCUGUCCCAUAACCUUUAUCCAUGAGUUCUUUGGGAAUAGAGAGAAAACAAGAUGGUCAUUUUGUGUCCCUUCCUCAUUUGCCCCGAAUCAGUUCCACAAGCCUGGACUGCACUUUAAGUUAGUUGUUGCUGUUGUUUUAUACCUUGAAAUGACUCUAAAAGCAUUCUAGAAACAGGGUAUUCUGAAGGCUUAAUUCGUGUGCCAUCUUUUUGAGGCCCCAUAUUUUAGAAAUUAUUAAACAUGCACACACAUGAUUUCAACUUUGUAAAAUAAUUUCAAAUUCAUUCCCUUUCCAGGUUUUAUUGCACAGUUUCCCUGUCAUCUCAGUAUUUAUAGAACUGGUUGAAAUUAAACUGUUUUGAAUUAAGAAGUAGAUAUAUAUAUAUUUUUAAAGAGUGUUCAUAGAUGAACUCUGGCAUAAGGUUUGUAAAAAGGCAAUCUUUAAAAAAUAAAACAUAUAACCUCAGGUACGAAGUAACGCAUGCAUUAGUACUUACAAAUUUGCCUACUCAAAUAUUAACCAAAGCAUGCAAGAUAAACUUUACUGAAUGUAAAUUUACCCAGUGCAUGAUUAAGUCUCAUAGGUUAGCUUACUUUUCCUUGCUUCUGAACAAGGAAGCAUUUUCAUGAACUUUGUGUUAAAGUCAUACUAUUUGCUUUUAAUAUCUUAUCCUCGAGACUGUUUUAAUGCUAUCACACUGAACUUUACAGAUAUUCACAUGUCUGGCGUAUGCAGUGUUGCAACAGUGCCAAGUGAAUCUAGACAAACUAAACUUAGACAUCUAAACGAGUUGUAAAAAAAACAGUAGAGGCACAACAGAUCCAAAACUCUAACAAAGUCCUUGUGUCUGAACGCUACUAAACAACAUUGUGUUGACUGCCUCCAUACAGUUUUGGGUUCUAAAUUCUGAAUAGUGCAUUUCAAAUAUUUUCUAAAAUUCAGGAAUAAGUUAGAGAUACUGACAUUCUGAAAAAGGUGGGGAGGUUGGGGUCAUGUCAGGCACAUGAAAACCAUUCAUAAGGCAAAGUGGACAUGGGGACUUAAUUUCCACAAACGUUACAUAGUGAGUGUGUGGGGUGUCACACCAUUGUCCUCAACAUGGCCCUAUUUGUACGAUAAAUCAGUGAGCUCUGUCUAAAAACACUGAAAUUCAGGGAUGGUGAGGUGAUUUCAUGGUCACUCAGAACCACCUUGGAAGUCCUCUCACUGCUUUUCUCUGUAACCCUUGCUUUAUGAAAAAAAUACGGGCAAGAAGACAGAAAUGAAGGGAGCAAAACUCAGUAAGACAAAGUUGGGGGGUGAUCUUCUGUUAGUACAGCUUUGUCACCAUCCCAUAUACCCCCAAACACAGACCUAUAAGCUCAAAGACAGAAAUCCUCAAACAUGCAGCAAAGACUUGUGAGGAGGCAUUAAACAGUUAAGAGGGAAAAACCCAGAAAAUUAAAGUGUGAGGUUUAACAAACUCUCACGUGGUAAAACAGCCUUGAAUAAGGUUUCCACUACUGGCAACCUCUGCAGAAAUCCCAAAAUAAUGCACUCUGGAGACAACUGUUUUCUCAGGACCUGCUCUACCAGAGAAAACCAACUUGAAAUGAGCAGAGUGUGGUAACAAAAUCCAGCCAGACUCAUUGAGACACUUUCAGAAACCUGCACUCAAAACAGUAUUAAGAUGAAAAAAGGAACAGCAGUCCAUUCAUUGCUCAACAAUAAAGUGUGUCUUUUUUUUUAAUUCGAAUUUCUUGGAGAGGGGAAGUGGUAUGACCAAAGAAAAUAAAAUAAAAUGGUAAGAGAUAUACAUACACACUCAACUAGGUAGUUUGGCAUUUUCACUGAGAGAUAUAAAAAAUUUGCCUAGAUACCAUAAAAGAAUUGUGCAAUGUGAGAAAUGUUCAUGAUUGAAAAUGCUGCCAGUAGCUAAAGGAAAAAAAGCAAACCUAAAUUUUUACUGAUGUCCUUUCAAUUUCCCCCAUAUCACCUCACUCAAACCCUCUUCAACUUUCAUUGCCCAGGUUUGUUUACAUUGGUUGGAAAAAAAGCCUGAUUAAUUUAAUAAACUUUUUACAAACUGUAACAAGCAUUUAUUAACUAUUUAGAAAAGACGUUUCUAUAUAUUUUGUAUAUCUAUGAAUAUUGCAUAUCUAGUCUAACCUAAAGAUAUUGAGACAAAUUCUUCUGUGAUGCUUCUUUAUGCUCAAUAAUGUUUAAAAUCUUGGGAUUUCAUUUUUAAGCUGAAAUAGAUAACACAAAAUUUAAAUGUUUACAUUGAGUUUUUAAAUUAAAACCGACCCAAAUUAAGUGACCUAUAGUAAAUUAAUGGCAAUGGGGUGGGGUUGUAAAAGUUACGGGCAUACUACGUGAUAAUGUAUCUGUGUAUUUAGUGAAAUAUUAUGUAUCAUAGCACAACUCUGUUGGAUAUUAAGGCUUCAUCUUAGUAUUUCCCUGCAUUGCUCUUUGAAAUAAAACUACUACCAUAAAAACAACCUCUUAUCAUAUUGAUGUGUUUAACUUAAUCCUUUGGCUUAUAAUUUGCAAAGUACCAAGAUUAAGGUAGUAUUUUUGUACUAUUAUUGGAAGCAUGCCUUCCCUUUUUCACAUUACUAAAUUGUAUUUAUAUUUGUGCAAUUUUAAACUAUGUUUUCAAAUAAACUUUGUCUGUGGCUUCAA